AACUAACAAUGGUUUACUUUAAGUUGCUUGCUGCUUUGGCUUUCUUUAUCGCAACUUCAUACAUCUUAGGGAUUGCAAGUGCUUCAUGUAAUGGGCGUGAUGUGUGUUCACCGUUUGAGAUGCCACCAUGCGGGGAUUCUACCAAUUGUCGUUGCAUCCCUUGGGGGCUGGUUGCUGGUCAGUGCAUAACCCCUCGACUAGCGUCUGUUGCUAAGAGGAUCGAAGACCAUCCAAACUUAUGCCAGUCCAAUGAAGAAUGCUUCAAAAAGGGAAGCGGUGAUUUUUGUGCUCGUUACCCUAAUCCUCACAUCGACUAUGGAUGGUGUAUCAACUCCUCUUACAGUAAUAAUUAUGAGGACUCAUCACAAAAUGGUUUUUUGAAGAUGAUGACUACCACAUUAUAAAUAAAUCGCCCAGUACUAAUUAUAAUUACAUGAAUCCAUCUCUGGCCCACUGAUAAUAAUAAUAGUAGUCAAAUUACAUCUUAUAUUAUGUAUUGGACAUCUAAUAGCUAGCUAGCUAGCUAGAUAGGUGUAAUACUCUAAGUGAAUAAAUGGAUUUACUUAUCAAUGAUCCGGGCUUAGCUGUUUUUAAUUUGUGUUUCCGUAUGUGAUAUAUUACUUAUUGUUCAGCAGUAGUCCAAAAUUCAAAAAUAUUGUAUGAGAAUAAUUU